AUCCGGCAUCUUUGAACAUCACAUUGAGCAGCUCGAUUGCGCUUGCCUGCCGAAGGAUUGUUGUUGAAUGCAAGAAAUUAUCACAUGCCCGCUCGCGGUUUUCUACCCACUUAAUCCGACAAUCUCAACUUGCCUAUUCCGCCAAUCUUCAAUUUUUGAUUUUACGACCCAAUAACGGCCUCAAGAUGGCGUCCUGGGGCCUUCUCGACGACAAGGAAGAAACCGAGCUGCACAAGUCCCGGCUUCUUAACGUGGAAGAGAAACCAUUCAAGCGUAUCACCAAGCGCCUCAGCACCCUCCAUUCCCUCACAAUCGCACGAGCUCGCCAAGCACCGACACCACCCCCCGAAACAAACGGCACCCCCAGCCAGCAAUCCCUCCAAGCCGCCGCCCCCAGCCAGCAGCAACAACGCGAUGGCACGCCGGCCCCGGGCGCCGACAGCAGCGCGUCGCCCGACCUCGCGCAGCUCAAGGAGGACGUGACGAUCGACUUCGCGGCCUUCGACAGCAGCAUCGCGCGGCUGCAGUUCCUGCUGACGGCGAACGAGCGCGAGCGCGAGCGGUACGCGGCCGAGCGGGAGCGCAUCGUGGCCACGUCGCAGUCGGUCCGGGACAACACGGUGCAGCUGCGCGCGCAGCUGGAGCAGGCGCAGACGACGCUGGCCCAGCGCCGCGAGUUCGACGCCCUCGCCGACGCCAUCACCACCAACGCCUCCCUGCGCCCCCGCGCCGAGCAGACCGCCAACCUCCGCAAGCUGCGCGACGAGAUUGCAGAGUUGGAGGCCGAGAGGGAGGCGUACGGCGUUACAUGGCAUGAGCGGAGAGAGCAGUUCGCGAGGAUCAUGGACGAGAGCAUGCGGUUGAGGAGGUUGAUUCGCGAUGAGAAGGAGGAAGUGGAGAGGAGGGAGGGGAUGGAUGAUGACGAGGCUGGGGGUACACCGCGGCCUUCCGGGAUGGGGAGCCGGGAGGGAUCGCCUAGGCCCGAGGGCGGGCUGGCCCCGAAGAGUGGCGCCGAGAGUGAUGCUGUGGGUACACCUCGACCAGUAUCCGUUGGCGGCCGGACGCCGGCGAGAGACAGCCCCGCCCCGGGCCUGGACAGCCAAUCUUUCGCAGCCAAGCGAGCCACGGCGAUGGAUGCGAGCCUUUCGCAACUUGGCAGUCAGAUGGGCAGCCGGAUGGGCAGUCGGGAGCCAACGGUUGAGCGGGAAACCCAGGGCGAAACUGAGGCGGGGGAGGAUGUUGAGAUGGGCGAGCCGGAGGAUAACAAGGAUGCUAUAUCAGAACCCGACAGCCCCCUGACUCCGCCCCCAGCCGACGAUAUGCCGCAGAUUGUUGUUAACGGAGAGGGAGAGAGCAUGGACACGACAUAGUCCGUCAUAGGCUAUCGCAUAGCGCUUUUGGGAUUGUGUGGGCGUGUUACAAGCUGCCUAACUAGGCAGGUCAUAAUUUAAUUUUGGGACAUUUUGUCCGUGGCCUCUUGUCAACACAAACAAUGCACGGACACGACAUGCUGUCUAGUCCAUCACAUACUAUCAC